CGUAGGGCUGGACUCCCUGCGUCCCUUCGUAGACGCGGCGGCGUUUAGUGGACACAGAGUGGUGUACAUGAAGGUGAGAACGGACCGGGGUGUGACCACGGACCGGGCCCAGGUGAGGGAGGUGCUCGGGAGAGUUCGGGAAACGGAAGAACCAGCGAUCAUCCUGCACUGUGACACACACGUCACAAGGGACGUGUUGGACGAGGUUAGUAUGGCACCAGUUCUCCUUUAUUCGAAGGGUUACCUAUAUCCGUUGUGUGGGUAUGACGCAGUUCUUCUUUAUCCGAAGGGUACCCUAUAUCCGUUGUUUUAAAAACAAGUGGACAAUGGUUUAAAACUGCGCUGUUUUGAAAAUAUUGCAGUUCUAAACCACAGUACGUGGCAUUGGCAUUCUCAAAUACAUUUACAAACGGAUAUAGGUCUACCCCACGGAUAAAGGCCAACUGGUGUCAUAGCGUGAUUAGGCCUUGUCGUUCUGACAGAGUGAACAUUCAAAACAAACAUUCUGUAUUUCACACUCUGUUACACAGAUAAAAGUUGUUAUUAUAUAUAUGAUAAGAUAAUGCAAAGUAAACAGUAUACAAGAUGUACAUGCAUAAGACUUCCCAUAUAGCAAAAAUAUACAAAUGUGAAAAUUUAUCAAAAGAGUAAAUGUGACAUGCAGGUAGAAGUGACGUUUUGCUUUCUAUUCCAGGCCAGAAAUUUUGUUCUGCUGCGAGAGGAAACCCACUGGAUCAUAACUAACCUGGACGCUGGUACGAUAGACCUUUCCGCGUACGAGUUGACGAAAGUCAGGCUGACAAGCUUCAGCUUAGUGCCGCUCGCCCAGCGGAAAGCAUCGGUACUGCAAGCUCUCGCUGCCGAUGCCGUUACGACAGUUGCACUAGGGUUAGACCAGAGUAUUGUUCAGGGGAACGACUCUCAGGCCUUGGACUGGGAUCAGAACGGUACCCUGCUAGACCAAAUCAAACAGGUGUCGUUUGAAGGACGGACCGGUUGGGUGUCGUUCAACCAAGGCGGCAGUAGGAGAAACGUGUCGAUUGACGUCAUAGAGAACGAUGGUGGAAACCUUACAAAGGUAAGGCCGAUAAAAAAAUCAAGUAAGCAGUUUUAG